CAUGUUGAAGUGUCCGUAAUGUCCUCAGAUAUUUUUUAAGACGUCCGGGUUGUACAGAUGUUUUUAAAGAUGGUGUCCACAGUGUGACACCUGCUGUCUCUACAGAACUUCUUGUAAUGUCCACAGGUGUCUUCAGAUUGUCUUUCUGUCCAGGUGAACACACCUGAGCAGGUCUGAUGUGCUGUUUUCCUGACAUUGCAGAUAGUUGGAGGCUGACUGGAUGGACUGUCUCUUGUGUCGUCUCUCAGGUUCUAUCCUCCAGCCUCAAGGCACUAUCACUCGGUUCCACCACAUCAGUCUGAUGAAGACCUGGGCUGAAGCUCAGAGUUACUGCAGGGAGAAGUUCAUUGACCUCGCCACCAUCCCGAGCCAAGCCGCCAACACCGAGGCCCAGAAGGAGGCGGUAGGACACGGACACAUCUGGAUCGGACUCUACAAUGCGAGCUGGAGAUGGUCUCAAGAGGGAAAGGAGGUCAAAACCUGGGUUCUGGGCAAGGCCAACGACAACGUGGGAUCCAGAAGGUGUGCCGCGCUGAAUGUAUAUGGAAAAUGGAUGGCCAAAGAUUGUGAAAUCCUGGAUCGCUUCGUGUGUUCCACUGCAGACAAAAGACAUGUUCUGGUGAAGCAGUACAUGAGCUGGUGGGAUGCUCAGACCUUCUGCAGGAAGAACCACGUAGACCUGAGCAGCAUCAUGACCAACAUGGACCGCGACUUCAUCAUCCAACUACUGUUAAUGUCAGGUACAAGCAACGCCUGGAUUGGUCUGUAUAGAGGUGAGUGGGCUUGGUCCGACGGGAAGAAACUCAUCUACAAGUCGUUGGAGUCCCCGCCUCAAUGGGCAUCAGACUGCACGGUGAUGGACCAGUCCACAGGAACCUGGAGAAGCCGGCCCUGCCAUGACAGACUCUCCUUCCUAUGCUACUCAGUUGUGAAACCUUCAGCGGUGAGUUUGGUCAAGAUUCGGCUGGUUGGAGGUUCUGCAGACCUGACCGACCCGAUGGUGCAAGAAUCCAUACUGCAGCAGCUGAGGCAGCAGCUGGUGGAUGGAGGGAUCCCAGCAGAGGUGAAGUUGAGGUGGAGGAAGCAGCCUGAUGGGGAGGUUUUCCACAGAGAGGAGACGUCGCCAUCUGCUGACCAGCAGGAAGACAGCUGCAGGACAGUUUAGUAUUUAAUCUGUUGUUCACUUUAGCACAGAACACAAAGAUGUAGAACCUGAAGAACAAGUGCAGGAAAUAAGUAGAAGAAAAAGGCUUGAUGUUAGAUCAUGAUGUGCUGUAUUUACUCUGAAUAUGAAUAAAAUGUGAGAAUCUCUGAA